CCCGCCGCCGCCGCCAUGCCCUCGGCCAAACAAAGGGGUUCCAAAGGCGGCCACGGCGCCGGGAACCUCUCGGACAAGGGCGCCCACCCGUCGGGCGGCGCGGAUGACGUGGCCAAGAAGCCGCCGCCGCCGCCGUCCGCGCCGCAGCCGCAUCCGCAGCAGCCGCAGCCUCCGCCGCCCGCGCCGCAGCCGCAGCCGCAGCAGCAGCAGCAGCACCCGGCGCACGGCAAGGGCGGCCACCGCGGCGGAGGCAGGUCCUCGGCCGCUUCCAACGCCGCCAACGCCGCCGCCGCGGCCUCGUCGUCCGCGUCCUGCUCGCGGAAGCUCGGCCGGGCGCUCAACUUGCUCUUCUACCUCGCCUUGGUGACGGCGGCCGUCUUCUCGGGAUGGUGCGUCCACCACGUCCUGGAAGAGGUCCAGCAGGUCCGGCGUGGACACCAGGACUUCUCCAGGCAGAGGGAGGAGCUGGGGCACAGCUUGCAAGGCGUCGAGCAGAAGGUGCAGUCUCUGCAAGCUAUGUGUGGGACCUUCGAGUCCAUCCUGAGAAGCUCCCAACACAAACAAGACGUCACCGAGAAAGCCGUGAAGCAAGCCGAGAGCGAGAUCAACCGGAUCAGCGAAGUUCUGCAGAAGCUCCAGAAUGAGAUCCUCAAAGACCUGUCGGACGGGAUCCACGUGGUGAAGGAUGCGCGCGAGCGGGACUUCACAUCCCUGGAGAACACGGUGGAGGAGCGGCUGACGGAGCUCACCAAGUCCAUCAAUGACAACAUCGCCAUCUUCACCGACGUCCAGAAGCGGAGCCAGAAAGAGAUCAACGACGUGAAGGCCAAGGUUGCUUCUCUGGAAGAAUCUGAGGGGCUCAAGCAGGACCUGAAAGCCCUUGAGGCAGCCGUAAAGGAGAUCCAGGGCUCCGUGGGGUCCAGGGAGAGGGAGAUCGAAGCCCUGCGGAGCUCCCUGCAGACCAUGGAGUCCGACGUCUACACCGAGGUCCGGGAGCUCGUGAGCCUCAAGCAGGAGCAGCAGGCUUUCAAGGAGGCGGCCGACAGGGAGCGCCUGGCCCUGCAGGACCUCACGGAGAAGCUGCUAAGGUCCGAGGAGUCGUCCUCCCACAUCCCGGAGGCCAUCCGGAGGCUGGAGGAAGAGCUGAGCCGGCUGAAGGCCGAGGCCCACGUGCCGGAGGAGGAAGCCGGCGUCUUCAGAGACUCCAGCGCCUUGGACGCGCUGCACAGACAGAGCCAGGGCCUGGACUCCAGGCUCCGGAACGUGGAGGACGGCGUCCACUCCGUGCAGGCCGAGUCCGCGCACCACGCCAAGAGCCUGGAGUCGCUCCUGUCCAAGAGCCGGGAGCACGAGCAGCGCCUGGCCGGGCUGCAGGAGCACCUGGACGGCCCGGGCUCCUCGUCCGAGCUGGCCGGCACCGUGAGGGGCCUGGGGGAGGCCCAGCUGACCCUGUCCAGCGACUUGAAGGAGCUGAGGCGGAGCACGGCGGAGCUCCCCGGCGCCGUGGAGGCCCUGCGGGAGCAGGUGCGCGCGCUGCUCGGCCAGGACCGCGGCCAGCUGCCCCCUCAGGACCUGCUGGACAGACUCUCUUCCCUGGACAACCUGAAAUCCUCAGUGAGCCAAGUGGAGUCGGACUUGAAAAUGCUCAGGACUGCUGUGGACAGUUUGGUGGCCUACUCGGUCAAAAUCGAAACCAACGAGAACAACCUGGAAUCGGCCAAGGGCUUACUGGACGACCUGAGGAAUGACCUGGAUAGGUUGUUUGUGAAAGUGGAAAAGAUUCACGAGAAGAUCUAAACGUGUGUGCAGGGAGAGAAUUUAUAGUCCAAUUUAUUCUGACCAAAAAAAAAAAAAAAAAAAGAAAAGAAAAAAGAAAAAAAAAGUGUCGUUCCCUCCCAUGUGCCCUCCCUGCAGUUUCUUGUCCCCCCUGUGAAAAGCAGUAGACAGCCUGAACACCAAAGCAUUGUGUCCUGUGCCCACUUAACUUAUUUGCAGUUAUCACCACACACCUUUGGUUCCUUAAGUUCUCUGCUUCUGCUGCUAGGUGGGUCCCAGAAGGCCCAGCCCCUGGGGUAACAGGCAGCUUUUACAAGGGACAUGUUUAUUGUCAGAAAAACGGGAGGCUUCAGUUGAGGAUUAACAGAAGCAGAUUAACCUCAAAAAAAAAAAAAAAAAAAAUCCUGUCUGGCUGACAGAUCUCAAGUUUAAAACAAUGGAGGGUACUUUUGUUUCUAGUUGCCUUUAAGGAAAAUCAAUUUUACUUUUUUAUAUUCUUGGCUGAAGUUUUUAUGAGACGUUCCUUGUUGUCUUCCACUUAGAACUGGCUCAGGCUCAUAGAUGUCGGCUCUGGGUGGGGAGGGGAGAAGCCCCCAUCUUUUGAAAGGAAGGAAGUCCACUACUUGAGGCUUCCCUUCAGAGGCAUGGGUGUCUUUUCCCCUCUGGAAUCAUCUAGUGAUCUCACCAGUAACUAUGCAAAGAAUCCAGGCAGUUCUGAAUGGGAAAAUACCACACCCAGAGGCUCAGGGUCAUUUUGCCCCUGGUGGUCUUAACUGUACCAACCCCUUCAUGGGGGUCACAAAAUAGUGCAGAAGUUUAAAAUCCCAGACAGGAGAACCUUUGGGCUCUUUGAAAAAAAAGUGUUUUGAGUUGUACUGUCCAUAAAAGAAUGGGGUGUCUCCCUGGGGAAUGUAGGCCAAGUCUUUUUUCCCCGGUGACCCUGAAGAGGUCUGCUGUCGGCUAGCUCCAUCUGUCCGUGAGGAUCGUGUGCACUGCUUUUCUGUAAUUGUUCGCUGUACCCCGGCCCUUUGAGCUGUAUUGUUCUUUAAUGGCUGUCUUGCCCUUCCAAAAAAAAAAAGAAAAUGAA